AUGGCCUUUCAGCACAAUACCCAGAACGCCGGCGGCGGGAUCUCCUACCAAGACGCGCUCCAAAUUCUCUUUUCCAAACAGCCCACCACCAACGAGUAUGUCCAAGACACCACGAACUACCUGCCACAGCAAUCAUCCACUGCUUUCCCAUUUCGACAGGACAAUACAAGCAUCUGUCCGCACAUGUACACCGAAGCUGCGUUUACACAACCGACUCCGGACCCGGACGUUGGUCAAGCAAAGGUGCCUGCCGAGCUUGUAGCCACGUUGGAGGAGAUCAAGCAGGGAAUGUCCUCCCUUCUUACCCGGAGCGAUCAGAUUGAAUCUCUCCAGACUCAAUGCAACCAACUGGAAAUUCAUUUUUCCGAGUUUCAAGAUUGGGUGAGAGCUUCUAUGGACACGAUGAAGAAAUAUAUUGAACAUCAUAGACAGUGGUCUCUGAUCUUCAAGAGAACGGUGGAAAGCCAGAUCAAGGAUCGAAAUUCUAAUCACGAAGGGCGGGCCGAGUCUGAGGGAUCGACGGUAGAAACGCAGGAUGCUUGA